CGCACAUCAUCCACUCUGCCCACCUCACAGCCUCGCACAUGUCGCUUCUCCCUGCCGCCUCCUCUCCUCACCACGACUCGCCCUCGGCAUCCUCUCCCCACCACGGCUCGCCCCGCAGCCUCCACCUCCGAUACGACCUCACGCUGCCACCAACGCUUCCGGUCUCCCCUGUAUCGACACUGCCGCCGGUGUCCAACCUCAGCGACGACGCCAGCCUGCCCGACGCAGCUCCUGGCCGCGGCGGCCUAGAACGCCGAGGUAUAGAAGCCUGCUCCGGCUGCCAAGCUGCCGCCCAACCUGCUCUGGGGGUUCCAUAUGAUACAAGACUCAAAGGUCUAGAUGAUGACAGAGGAACCAAAGGUCUAACACAGGAUGCUUCAAAGUCUCAUUUUAAAAGGUCAACAGGGCAUAUUUCCUUCAGUAAUGACACCAGAGCGCCGCCACCGCCCGAUCCGAGGAUUAAAGUUUCCUCAGGAGCCACACGACAGGCAAUGAGAGCCGCGACGACGCCUUCAAGAAGGAAGCGAGCUACGUGA